CCCAGAUGGGGUUCGUUACACCAUUACUGGAAAUGCCGAUGCUCAGUCCACUUUCACCAUCAAUAUCAUCACAGGGGAAAUCCUACUAGUGGCUCCACUGAACAGGGCUGCCUAUCAGAUCAGAGUAACAGCCAAUGACCUUGGCAGACCACAAAGGUCAAAUGUCACCACGGUAUUUGUAACAGUAUUGCCUGACCCUAUACCUGUGUUUUCACAACUGAGAUAUCGUCGUAACAUCUCAGACGACGUAAGUGUGGGAUAUGAGGUUGUCCGCGUAUCUGCAACAGAACCAAAUCUGCAGGAAACUGUAGUGUAUGAAGCUGCUGGGGUUUGGUGUUAGCCGCGUUUUUCCUUUGGGGUCAACAGAACCACAGGUGCUGUCACGGUCCCGAGGAGAGCUUAAAGAGAGACUCCUAUGCUAAUGACAACUAUGUGUUGUAUGUGGAGGCCUAUGACACGGCUAACCCUGACAACAGAGCACGUGGCGGAGGUGAUCAUUGACGUGACCCGUAACCCCAAUUACCCAACCUUUAGACCCGGGGUGUUCAGGGCUAGGAUACAGGAUAACCACAUACCUGGCAGAUGGGUGAUCAAUGUCACAGCCACUGACCAAGACGGGGACAGUCUAAUAUACAGCCUGUUACCCAGUGAUAAUACAGUCACGGGAGGCACCUCUCUUAACUACUUCUACAUCCAACAGUCAACGGGCUCCAUUUUCCUGCGCACCUCACUGCAGGAUACCACCACCCCACAGUUCUCUAUGAAAGUGCGAGCGACAGACAAUGGCUUUCCACCUAAGAGUGCAGAGGCAACUGUGAUCAUAGAUGUGGUCAAAGACCAGCCUCCUGUGUUGCAGCCAUCUUACCAGGCUCUGGUCAAUGAAACAGACAGAACAGGAACGUUUAUCAUCACUAUUACUGCCACAGACCCUGAUGCACAGGGCCCAGUCUGGUACGAGAUCAUCAACAACGGUGUGGCGUCUCGUCUGUUUGGCAUAGACAGGAACACAGGCCGUGUGACAGUACAGGGAGACCUCACCAGUGAUGCCAGCCCCAUCUAUGUGCUGAGAAUAAGAGCCUAUGAUUCGCAAAACCCUAGUUCAGACAGUACCACUGACCUGAUCAUACAAGUCAACCGUAAUAACAACGACCCAUCAUUUGAACGCACCACUUACAGUCAAGAUGUUAGUGAUGGCACAAGUUUGGGAACAGUGAUUAUAACUGUCACUGCCAGUGAUAGAGAUGGGGAUCGUCUGACAUACAAUAUAACAGGCGACUCAGUCUGUCAGCAGUAUUUCUUCAUUCAUGUCGUCAGAGGAGAGGUUAUUCUAAAGGAACCUUUGCUUGGCGUUGCUGGCAGAACUAUAAAUUGUAUUUUGGAAGUGUCCGAUAACGGGUUCCCUGUUAGUAAUACUGGUAAUGCCAAUCUGCAAGUCACAGUGACGGGCGUGGCACCACCCAGAUUCGAGAGUUCAACGUAUAGGAUCACCAUUGACGAGUCAAGAAGAGUCAAUAGCAGUAUUCUGGAGGUCCGACGAUAUGUUAGGCCAGGAACUGUACCUACGCCUGUGCGGUAUGAGCUGGUGGGUGAAUACCCAGCUCAGGACUUCUUCAUGGUGGACCCCGUGACUGGCUGGAUCCGGGUCAAGUCUCCUCUCACCCAGGACAGUCUACAGAGGACCAUCUACACUUUGAAUGUGACAGUGUACGAAACAGCGAGUCCCCAGUCCCGUGGUUACGCGCAGGUGUAUGUAACCGUAAACCGUAAUGAUGGGCUUCCACUGUUCAAUCCCACCCAGUACAACGCCCGCAUUGAUGAGACCGUUGCUCCAAAUACGGCUGUCAUCACACUAAGACUCACAGAUCCCACUGGGAAAACAUGCAGUGUUGUUGGCACCCCAGAAGCAGUGCCAUACUUCCGUGUGGAUCCAUCAGCCUGUAUUGUCCGAGUCAACAGACCACUAACUGAGGACCCCUCAAACAGAACCAUCUACACUCUGAUUGUGGAAGCCAGAGAAAACACUGGUGUGAACCCACGCAGGGCCAAUGCCACGGUGACUAUACAGGUGACGCGUGACUUGUCUGCCCCACGAAUGAUCAACCUGCCAUCAACAAUCAGAAUUUCAGAGAACCAAGACUUGCAGUCCACUAUAUUUACUGUUCAGGGAUUGGAUAGUGAUCUCAAGGGUCGCCUGCAGUAUGAGUUGAUGGGUGUGUACCCAGCUAGAACCUUUUUUGGCAUCAGAAAGGACAGUGGUCAAGUCUAUGUUCACACCAACCUUACAGCUGAUUCUACAGAACGAGAACAUUACGAGCUGGAAAUCCACAUUUACGACAGCCUGUUCCCAAACAACCGGGUCCCAGGUCGUCUGUAUGUCAACGUGUCCAGAAAUGCCUCGCCCCCAAGGUUCUCUGAUAAUUUUUACCGAGCAGACGUCUUCACUAGUGACCCAAGAGGCAAGCUGGUCCUCCAGCUCAUAGCCGAUGACCCGGAUGGAGACACACUGCUGUAUCGUAACCUUGGAAACCAGACUGUCCAGGAGUAUCUGUUUGUCAAUCCAAGAACAGGGGAAAUAACGCUGAACAAGAAACUCCCCUUUACCCGACGGGAAGUCUUCAGGUUCCCUGUGGAAGUUGACGACCAGAGAAGCAACCGGUUGACAGACAGAGCUGAAGUGACGGUGACAGUGAUUGUGGCCAGCUCACCUGCCUUCACCAGUACUAUGACCACAGAGGUCAAGGUUACUGAAGAGGUUAACACUGGAAUACAUCAAGUGGUGGCCAGAGAUCCCAGGGAUCCUACUGCUGUCAUCCUGUACAGAAUGGAGAGUCUGGAGCCAGACAGCUCUUACUUCCGUCUGACGGAGAAUGGCCGCCUAUUUGUACAGAGACCGCUCACAGAUGAUCCAAUUAAGAGGAGGACGCAAUACACUCUGAUCAUGACUGCAUACAAACAGUCUGACCCUAACUUAUCCACCUCAGCCACCUUCAUUGUCAAGGUGAUUCACAACAACUUUGAGCCUGUGUUUGUGGACAGUAUCUAUAGAGGUACAGCUAAUGACUAUGACCCCAUUGGUCAGUCAAUCGUCCGAGUAUCUGCUUACGACAAUGAUACAAUCACGAGCCCUGAGGGUCAGCUGGUGUACAGCCUUUCAGGGGGAGAGAAUCAGUACUUCUCCAUCGACCAAUACUCAGGUGUGAUUAGUGUGAGAAGGAUACUCGCCGAAGCCCCAAAUGUGAACACCUACAGGUUUCUUGCUCUGGCUGAGGACCAAGGGUUUGACCGUCGUACUUCCACAGCUUCUGUCAUCAUCACUGUUAGCCACAACAGAUUUGAUCCAGUGUUUGACAGACGGAAUUACAGGGUGCCUGUUAACGAAACCUGGAAUAUCAACAAUGUAUUAGUGACUGUCUCAGCCACUGAUGAUGAUCCUCCUAACACACCCAAUAGUGAUAUCACGUACAGGAUUGUGGGACCACCAGAUGUGUUCAGCUUCUUCUUCAUUAACAGUAAGACGGGUCAGGUGUUUGCCAGGACCAGUCUGAGCCAGGUGCCUAACAACACUGUUGAGUCUACAUAUGAGAGAACAAUAUCCUCUGAGGAGAUUAUCCCACAUACGGUCAUCACGCUCAGUACUAAGGAUCCUUCUCCUAAGGGUCGCCUUCUUUUCCGUAUCUUUGGGCGUGGCCUUGCUCCCACAUACUUCAGUUUGAACCCAAGAGGAGAUGGCAGUGUUGACUUGAUCCUUCGACAGUCUGUAGAGAAUAUCGACACCGAAGUAUUCUACGUGGAUGUGGAAGUAUAUAGAGAGGGUGCUCAAACUGAACGUGGUUCGGCCGUGGUGAGGGUCAACAUUGAUAGGAACCAUGCUCCCUACUUCCUGCACGGCACGCUUAACUACUCUAUACCAGAGAACCAACCUUUGACACAACCAUUUGGUGACGUGAAUGCUGCUGAUGAGGAUACGGGUGAGAGAGGUGACAUUACAUAUCAGCUCGUAUCACAAUCGCCACCUGGAAACAAGAACUACUUCUUCGUGAACCCGUACAACGGUAACCUGUCUGUGAUUGCCCCACUCACUGAAGACUCUGUGGAGGAAUACACGCUGAUUAUUUCUGCCACUGACAAUGCUCGUCUCCAGAAGAGGGCCUUAGUCACGGUGCGAGUGAAGAUCUUGCGUAACAACAACCCGCCCAAGUUCAGCAAGAAUCAGUAUGAUGGGUUUAUCAAUGCCUCUUCCACCCCGGGCAGUCCCGUAACUCAGGUGUCAGCCACAGAUGAUGAUGGGGAUGCCAUUCGCUACAGCAUUGACCAGGAAGGUGUGGAUCAGCUUCGUUUUGCUAUUAACCCUACAACAGGGCAGAUAACACUGCGAGCCAAGCUGGAAUCGGAAUCUAACACAGAAUACAGGUUCACAGUACGGGCAACUGACACUGGAACACCUCCAAAACACGACACUGCAGUUGUUAUAGUUCAGGUUACUAGAAACUUUCACAAGCCAGAGUUCACAGAGCAAGAGUACAACACAACUAUCUCAGAGUACCAUCCAGCCAGGAGACCCGUCAUCACUGUACAAGCCACAGACAAGGACCUUGAUGCUAAGAGUCGCUCAGUAGUCUACAGCAUUCUGACUGAAACCAAGUACUUCUACAUAUCCAGAGGUGGCGGUCAAAUCUAUGUGGACAGUGAACUGACCACUCCCCAGGCUAAUGACACAUUUGUGCUUGAGGUAGAAGCCAGAGAUGAGGGCAUACCACCACGAGCCGCCACUACCAGAGUUGUCAUCCAUGUCCAGCGUAACCUGUUUGCUCCUACGGCUGAUCCUACAGUGUACAGAAGUGAGAUUGUGGACACCUUCCCAGCUGGAUCUGCUAUCUUGUACAUCAGUGCAACAGACAGAGAUUCACUGGAUCCUCUUAACAAAGAUGAGUAA